AUGCAUCCAUAUCACGACUCUGGCAGCAAUGAACACCUUCUCAAUCAAUUUAUCCCAGGACGUGAUGAUUGUUCAAGACCAUCUCACCACCCUAACUCUACUGUACAGAUCUACAACCAAAGCAACCACCACUUGAAUUUAGGACUUGAAGACCGGACCAAAACGGGUGGUGAAGAGGACACAGACGGCGAUACGGAUGAAGAUGCGAGCAACAAAGACAACAUAGAAGCUUAUGAGUUCAUACAAGAAGAAGAGGGAGAUAGAGAGAUGUCUGAUAAUGAGUCUGAUAAAAAUGAUGAUGAAUCCAGAGAAAGUAUGUACCUAAUCUUGACUUUAAGAAUGAACCUUAGUUGA